AUUGGUUGUACUUCAUAGUAAAAUAGUUUGGUACUAAAAUUCCAUUGAAAAACAAUGAGAUGUAUAGAAAAAAGGACAGGCAGAUAAAGUCUUUAAUUAUAAAGCAAUGGAUUAAACAAACUGCUGUUUCUUGAGACCCAGAUAACUCAAUAAUCUAUUUAAUUUCAUAAUCUUAAUAUAGCAUUUAAGUCUCAUAUAAGUCUCAUUUAAGUCUAAUAUAGUCUCAUCAAUGUCACAAAUCAACAAGUUAAUUAUCAACUGAGAAAACAGGAGCCGUCCUACGCUAACUCAGUACACAAACAGAACAGCCUAAUUUUGCAAUUGUGAACACUGAGCCAAGCAACCAUGAGGAAAAACUAGUGCAAUCAAGAUUUGAGCUGAAGGGAAUAUGGAGAGAAUGACAGCCAAAGAAGUCAAUAAUGCAAUGAAAAAAAAAAAAAAAAAAACGUGCAGUCUCAGUUAAGCUUGUUUUCCCCACUCUACCUGCGUUCAGCAAAACAGUAGAAAGCAAUCAAGGUUUGGAGUUUCAAUCUGGUAUCAACAUCCACUGUUUACAGUUACUAUAACUACUGCAGUUGAAGCUGUUGGCUGUAGGGUGUGCAUUGAUUCACAAGUCUACGCAUGUGUAUUACUUUAACCAGAAUUUAUCAAGUUCUGCAGUCAAACUUGAGGGCAAUGUCUGCAGAAAUACCCCAAAACCGAACUUUGGUAGACACCAGUUUGAGUCCGAAGACAGACUAUUUGGGGACCCCUCAAACUGUCUGCUCUGUUGUCCAGCAUCAUGAGGAAAACCAGCCGAGCUGCCAGCUACCUCCAGUGAGUGAGUCUGAAGCUGGUUUCCCAUCUCAGUCUGUGAAUCAGGAGGCGUUUGAGGAACAGCAGAGAUCUGAAAUGGGCAGAGCCACCUGCCAACCAGCCCAACACAUAAUGUCUCAAAGAUCCCCUCAGGAGAAUCCAGGCCAAAAUGAGAAAAUUAUCCUUCGGCUUCAGUUGAAGCAGCUGCAGAGGGUUUUACAGGAACAAAACACAUUGCUCUCUCUUAUCAGUCCAGGACAGAUUUUAUCUCCCACAUUCUUAGGGCAGUGGCAGGUCCAGACACCUCUGAGCUUUUCAGAAGCUGAUUCCCUCAAGCCUACUGGGAAUUUAGAUGCCUUCAAGGAAAGCUCAACCAAAUAUUCUGGUGCGGUUGAGAAUGAGUCAGAGGCUCUGGCAACUAAUAACACCAACGAUGUUGCACCAUCAGCAGAGCUCAGACGCUUGUCUCCUAUUAAAGAAGAGUCUUUAGAACCAGCACAAGAAGACUGUCCUCUUAGCCCUUUCGGAUCGAGGCAAGGUCUCCCACCAAACCCAGAGGAAAGGCCUAUUCGACCAGGACUGAGAAAAGAGCAAAAAACAUUUGAAGAUUUUGUUGAAGAACAUCUCAAAACAGACCAAGCUAUUCUCCAACAUGAGAUUCAGACUAAUGCACAAAUCAGAGGAGCAGAGAAGAGGAAUUUCCUUCGUAAAGGAGAAGGAACAUCUAGAAUUUCGAAGGGUAAGGACUGCUCACAAAAACUCCAGAGGAGACGCUCUGUUAGUCCACAAAUGAAGCUCAGUCAGCAGACGAUGCGUCCCACUGAAUUUCAUCAGAAAGAGAUACCAAAUAGGAGCAGUCCUGGACUGAAGGGCUUAGAAAACUUCUGUGACCAAAGAUCUGGCGUGGAAGACCCUCUAAAGAAGACCUUUGCUCUACAGGAUGAUGAUUUAUCAUCAAACAACAAAGGGAAAGUCAAAGCCUUGACUGCUAAUAACAAUGCAGCCACACUUAAAAGUAAGCACAGUGUAGGAGUCUUGAGGAAUUUUGGGGAAACCAAUGGAAGCAAGCCAAGUGGAUCUGCUCUGGCACAAAGCAAAGAAAGUGUUGGUUUUAAAAAAAUGAAUGACCACAUUGUCAAAAUCCCUGAGAAAAAUUUGACAAGAAAAAAAAACGGUUUUACUACAAAUUACCGUUUGCACAGCCAGAGUGGAUAUCCAUCUAAAGAAGUCAAUCUAACUGACGAGGUGAUGGAGUCACUGGCUCUUAGCGAUUCUCACAACAGCACUAGCAGUGAGGAUGGACCCAGCUCUCAGUCUCACCAGCCGUUACCUCAUUACCGCUCAAGGCACACGGAUCACAAAGAUCAGAGUCUGGAUUUGUCAGAUGGCGACUAUGCUAGUGACGCCCCGAGUGAGACUCGAUUCAAUGAAGAACAUCACACUUCUAAUUCUAUGUCCAGUUCUUCCAGCUUCAGCAGCGACUCUGAACUCAAGAGCUUACAGGAGUCUUUGGCUAACUGCUCCAAAAAAACAGACAAAAGGGGGACCGACAGUGACUUUAGACAACCUUCUGCUUCUGAACUCCUCACUAUGGAGUUCCCAAAAGUCAAAGUCACUCCAGAAGACACCACUCAUGGCAUGGGACAAGAGAAACCACAUACUCCAAUCAGGGAAGAGAUGGGAGAGCAUGGUUUUAAUGGUGAGGAUGGCUGCAGACCUUUGCUCAGGCCUAAGAAAGAACUACAUGAACCUCAGGAUCUGAGACUGCAGAUCUCAUCUCUGAAGCAGCAGUUGAUGGAGAGGGAGUCUCACUGGUCGCAGACCCACAGUCUCCUCCAGAGUCAUGUUGAAGCCCUCACCCGAGAAAACCAGGAGCUUCACAGCAGGCUCAAUGUGAACAAGAGAUCGCACCAGAGUGCUGGUUCCUCUGCUCUUCAGUCUGGAUCAUACAGCACGUUUGAGCAGAGAAGAGAAGAACCACAGCGGACCCAUCACGUAAGGAGCGCAACUCCAGCCUUUAACAAACCCUUCAUCCAUAGAACACAACAGGGCAAUGCAAAUGGACGUUCUGUUACCAAAGCUAACAGGCUAACAGAAUGCACAGACAACUCUUUGAGAAAGAAUCCUGCACUUUCCAUUGGCAGACCACAGAACAAUGCCAUGAUUACACAAGGCGGAAAGGGAAGUUUGGUUUAUCAUCAUACUGACUGCAAUAAUACACAAAUGGCAUCCCAGGCCAGAAAAAACAAAGUACGAGAGGAAACCCGCUAUCCGGAUGGAAGGGUAGAGCGUCUUUUUUGGAGCGGAUGUCGUGUGAUCACAUUCCGCAAUGGAACGAAAAAAGAGAUUGGUGUUGAUAAGUCAGUCACUGUUACGUUCUUCAAUGGAGAUGUUAAACGGAUGCUGGCUGACGGGACUGUGAUAUACUACUAUAAUGAUGCUCGAACAACACACUCAACUUAUCCAUCUGGGUUGGAGGUUGUGCAGUUUCCAAACAACCAAAGAGAAAAACACCAUCCUGAUGGUACAAGGGAGAUAUCCUUCCCGGAUGGCACGGUCAAGAUUCUCCACUCCGAUGGUCGAGAGGAGAGCAUUUUUCCAGAUGGAACUGUUGUCAAGAUAUCACAACAUGGGGAAAAGGUGGUGGAGUUUACUAAUGGGCAGAGAGAGAUUCACACUUCACAAUACAAGCGGAGGAUGUUCCCAGAUGGAACAGUUAAAACUGUCUACACAAAUGGGAGACAAGAAACAAAGUUCUCAUCUGGGAGGGUUCGCAUUAAGAACAAUGAAGGCCUCGUUAUAAUGGACAAAAAAUGAACUUCUAAAAACCCUUUUCAUGUUAUUUAUUUGUUGUUUUUUAUAUUGACGAAGAAUUUAGUAGCUAUUCUUAUACAUAUUUAACUGACCUCAUACUGAAGAAGAAAAAAUACUUUUUGGAGUUUCAAGUGCUGUUUUGUACUUUAUUACGGUAAUUUAUUAUUUAAACUGUAUGACAAUCGGAUGAACUAAGCCUGUUUAUUUUUACAUGUACUGUCAGCAGGCGUCUUGUAUUGCUAAGAGUUCCUCUCAGCAUGAACACAUCUGAUACAGUAUGCAGGUGAAGACUUGUGACCCUCUGACCUAGUGCUGACAUUGUACUACAUUGCAACACUCUGGUUUCAGUAGAGGAAAUAGUAAGAGAGAGCUGGUAACGUCGUUGAUAACUUAAUACCUGGGAACAGUUCAGGGAAACUAAAAUCUAUUCUUAGUGUAAUUUUUAAUCAGUUAUCGCUCGGUCAGAAGUUAUACUGUAUAUGAUGUUAUGUUCUUUUCUGAUUUGGUCACAAUAUUAUUCUGUUCUUCAGAAACUGGCACAUAGAGAGAAUAACCCUGUGUUCAUUUACUGUUGUUUUUGAUGGGUGGAUUUUAAGAUAAGUUACAUUUUCCUAAUGUUAUGCCUUUAGAAAUGUCCUAUUUGGAGAUUUAAGUUUAUGAAAACUAUGCAAAGACAUGCGUUGCUUGUUUGUCUUAACUGAGCAUUAAACCUGAGGAUGUGUUUUAUGGUUGUAGAUGUUUUUGUAUUGUCUGAGAUUAGUAUGCGUAUGUAAAAUAUACACUACCAUUCAAAAGUUUAGGGUCAGAAAGGUUUUCUUUUUCUUUUCAAAAGAAAUUAACACUUUUAUUAAACAAACACACUCAGAAAUAAAGGUACAAAAGCUGU